AUGGCCACCGUCCGCAGCCUCGAUCAUGCAAAGUCCGAAACGGAGCUCUCGGUCAACGUUAGGAAAGCCACCAGCCCCGAGGAGUCGGCACCCAAGCGCAAACAUGUCCGCAGCUGCAUCGUCUACACCUGGGACCACAAGUCGUCCCAAUCCUUUUGGGGCGCCAUGAAAGUCCAGCCCUUCCUCGCCGACGAGGUCCAGACCUUCAAGGCUCUCAUCACGGUUCACAAGGUACUCCAGGAGGGCCAUCCAUCUACCCUGCGCGAGGCCAUGGCCAACCGCUCCUGGAUCGACAGCCUCAACCGCGCCGUGGUUGGUGAGGGACUGCGCGGGUACGGCCCUCUGAUCCAGGAGUACGUCUACUUUUUGCUAGCCAAGCUCUCCUUCCACCAGCAGCACCCCGAAUUCAACGGCACGUUCGAGUACGAGGAGUACGUGAGCCUCAAGGUCAUUAACGAUCCCAACGAGGGCUACGAGGCCAUUACCGACCUCAUGACCCUGCAAGACAAGAUUGAUCAGUUCCAAAAAUUGAUCUUUUCCCACUUUCGCAACGUGGGCAACAACGAGUGCAGGAUAUCCGCACUUGUUCCUCUUGUCCAGGAGACAUAUGGCAUCUAUAAAUUCAUCACCAGCAUGCUCCGCGCCAUGCACUCGACAACGGGUGACGAUGACGCCCUAGAGCCGCUCCGAGGGCGUUAUGAUGCCCAACACCACCGCCUCGUCCGGUUCUACUACGAAUGCUCGAACCUCCGGUACCUGACCAGCCUUAUCGCCAUCCCGAAGCUGCCACAGGACCCUCCGAACCUGCUCUCCGAGGACGACACGGCCCCGGCGCUGCCUGCGAGGCCAAAGCAGGAAAUCGAGCGGCAACCGACGCCUCCGCCACAGCCCAAGAACGAGGAGCCAGGAGUCAUAAAUGACUUUUGGAGCACACAGCUCGAGGAACAGAAUCGCGAGUACGAGGCCCAGCAGCGCGCACUCGAGGAGCGCCAGCGCCAGCAGAUGCAGGCGCAGGAGCAGGCCGCUCUGCUCGCCCAGCAACAGUUCGCCGAGCAGCAGCGACGGCUGGCAGAGCAGCAGCAACGAGAACACCAGGCGCUUCUGGAACAGCAGGCGAGAAUGGCCACCCAGGGGCGCCUUGCCGAGCUGGAACAGGAGAACCUGCGAGCAAGAGCCCAGUACGAGCAAGACCAGCUGAUGCUACAACAGUACGACCAGCGCGUCAAGGCACUCGAAGGGGAACUCCAGCACGUCCAGGGCAGCCUGGGUCAGCAGAUGAGCAGCAAGGACGAUCAAAUCCGGGCGCUGCAGGAACAGGUGAACACGUGGCGCACAAAGUACGAGGCCCUGGCAAAGUUGUAUUCCCAGCUGCGCCACGAGCACCUUGACCUCCUGCAAAAGUUCAAGUCGGUCCAGCUCAAGGCGGCCUCUGCCCAGGAGGCAAUCGAACGGCGAGAGAAGCUCGAGCGGGAGAUCAAGACGAAAAACCUUGAGCUCGCCGACAUGAUCAGGGAGAGGGACCGGGCCCUACACGACAAGGACAGACUGUCGGGGUCCAGCAAGGACGAGGUCGAGAAGCUCAAGCGCGAGCUCCGCAUGGCGCUCGACCGCGCCGACAACCUCGAGCGCAGCAAGGGCAACGAGCUGUCGACCAUGCUGUCCAAGUAUAACCGGGAGAUGGCGGAUCUCGAGGAGGCCCUGCGCAGCAAGUCGCGCGCCCUGGAGAAUGCGCAAAGCAAGCUCAGGGACGGCAGCUCCGAUAUCGAGCAGCUCCUGCGCGAGAAGGAGGAGGAGCUCGAGGUGUACAAGGCUGGCAUGGACCAGACUCUGAUCGAGCUCAACGAGCUGAGGGAGAACCAGGGCGCGACGGAUACGGCCCUGGACGGACAGAUUGAUGCCCUCAUCAUGUCAAACCUGGACAAGAUGAACGAAAUCAUCGACUCUGUCCUCCAGGCCGGUGUGCAGCGCGUCGACGACGCUUUGUACGAGCUCGACUCGACCAUGCAGGCCGGCAACCAGAACGCGUCGCCGACGUACGUGCUGUCGCAGAUCGAGAAGGCGUCGGCGAGCGCCAUGGAGUUCGCAACGGCCUUUAACAACUUUAUUGCCGACGGCCCCAACAGUACACACUCGGACUUGAUCAAGUCAGUCAAUGUCUUUAGCAGCGCUCUGGCGGAUGUGUGCAACAACACCAAGGGUGUCACGAGGCUUGCGACGGACGACAAAAAGACGGACGCCUUGAUGAAUGGGGCGCGACAGUCGGCCGCCGCGACGGUCAAGUUCUUCCGCGGCCUGCAGAGCUUCCGGCUCGAGGGCAUGGAUCCGAUCCAGAGGACCGACGUGGUCAUCAACAGCAACAACGACGUGCAGAUGAACCUGCAAAAGCUGAGCAAGCUCGUCGAGACGUUCGCCCCGGGCUUCGGCAAGCUCAAAGGUGAUCUGGGCGAGAUUGUGGAUAACGAGCUGAGCAAGGCUGCCGACGCCAUCGCCGCGGCCGCCGCGCGCCUGGCCAAGCUCAAGAACAAGCCGAGGGACGGCUACUCGACGUACGAGCUCAAAGUGCACGACUCAAUCUUGGAUGCCGCCAUGGCCGUCACCAACGCCAUUGCGCAGCUGAUCAAGGCCGCCACGACAACACAGCAGGAGAUUGUGCAAGCCGGCCGGGGGACCUCUUCGCGCACGGCAUUCUACAAGAAGAACAACAGGUGGACCGAGGGACUCGUAUCGGCGGCCAAGGCGGUGGCCUCGUCGACCAAUACGCUCAUCGAGACGGCAGACGGCGUCAUCUCGAACCGCAACAGCCCGGAGCAGCUGAUAGUGGCGUCCAACGACGUGGCGGCGUCGACGGCGCAGCUGGUGGCUGCCAGCCGCGUCAAGGCCGGCUUCAUGAGCAAGAGUCAGGAGGGGCUGGAGCAGGCGAGCAAGGCGGUCGGGGCGGCGUGUCGGUCCCUUGUGCGGCAGGUCCAGGCGCUCAUCAGAGACCGGCAGGGCGAGGAGGAGCAGGUCGACUACUCCAAACUGGGGUCGCACGAGUUUAAAGUCCGGGAGAUGGAGCAACAGGUCGAAAUACUCCAGCUUGAGAAUUCCCUUGGCGCGGCACGCCGCAGGCUGGGAGAGAUGAGGAAGAUAUCGUAUCAGGAAGAGUGA